GCACAGAGUCGUGCUCCUUUAAGUAGCAUUUGCCAUGGAUGAAGCAAUAGUCUAUGCAGACAUCACCUUACCUGCAGAAGCAUCCUCCACAAGAGACUUGCCUUCAGGGCAACAUUCAGAACCCCGACCUUGCCCGCGCUGGCAUUGGAUUGUGCUGUGGGCUGGAUUAGCUGGAAACAUCAUCCUGGUGGCUGCAGUGAUAGCGAUGGGAGUCUGGGCUAGAAAUAAAAACAAACAGCUGGUUGGGGCAUCCAUAUCAUCCUCAGAGCAUAUCAAAGGAUGUCAAUAUGGUCACAAUGGAGGUGAAGAAAACAGAACACUGGAGGAUUUCAAGUCUAGGUUGAAAGAGGAGUUGUGUGUGAAUUCAGCAUCAGCAGGUGAGAGCCAGCAUGGUUAA